AUGCAGGCAUUGAGGAUAGUGUGGGUGAAGGUGGCGGUCUUGGCCGCUUUGGCAACCCAGCUCGUGGUCGGGUCGCCCUACACCCUUCCGUCCCAUCUCGCCAGCGUCCAGGCUGCUUACAACGACUCGGCAUUCAUCAUCACAGAGUCCGGCGAGCUCCAGCUGAAGCUGUGCGAGUGCGAGCGCGCCGCGGGGGCGCCCAACGGCCUGUCCUGCGACAAGGCGGGCUGGUUCGUGUCCUCCUGGGAGCGGCAGGGCCAGUGGGUGACCCCCUUCUCCAUCGCCGGCAGCGGUACGGUUCCCCUGUCCCACGCCAUCUGCUGCCGCCCCUGCCUGCCCAGCGAGCUCCCCCCCGACUCAUCUGGCCGCAUCCCCAGCGGCGAAAAGCCGGUGGCCGUGGUGUCCCUGGCCUGCCACGUCAGCACCGACGAGACGCCGGGGCACUGCGAGGUCGCUGGGUCCAGCCUGGUGGCAGGCUUCAGCGAGUCGGUGCAGGUGUUCAGCGCGGCGGACACUAACUACCCCGUGAACGCGGCACGCUGUUGCACGCCCUCCCUCCUCCUCUCCAACGGCGACGCCUGGGAGCUGGAGCGCUGCGCCUGCUCCCCCGGCGAUCCCGGCGCCGACCCCUCCGUGUCCUGCGGCGGCACCAACACCCACAGGCUGCUGGCCGGGUACGCAGACCGCCGCGCCACGCCGCUGGGCCAGUCGGUGCCCGUGGCCCCCGCUGACUGCUGCGCGCUGUGCCUGUCGCGCCACUUCCACCCCAUGUCCCAGUGCGACGACCUGGCCAACUGCAACGAGCGCGGCGUGUGCAACCUGGGCGCCUGCGACUGCUUCCAGGGCUGGGCCGGUCCGGACUGCUCGGCACGCGACGCGCGCGGCGGCCGAGGGCGCGGCGUGCCCGGCUGGGCCAUCACCCUCAUCGUCCUGGCGGGCCUGCUCGUGGCCUCCCUGUUCAUCCUGGUGGGGGGCCACGUGCUCAACCUCCUCGGCGAACGUGUGGACGCGGCGGCGGGGCUGGCCGGCGACCCCGACUCGCCCCGCGCGCCCCUGCUCAUCCGCAUCGACGCCGGCGACGCCGGGUCGGUGGGGUCCCAGGAUUCCGACAGCGACGCGUCGGACGCGGAGGACGGGCAGCUGGCGCGGCGCAUCGCGGCCGCCAUCCAUACCCUGAACACGGGGGCGCCUGGGGGCCUGGGAGGGGGGACCCGCGGCGGCUGCAGCCUGGGGCGCGACUGCGCGGUGUGCAUGGUGCGGGAGUGCCAGGUGGUGCUGGUGCCCUGCGGCCACACCUGCCUGUGCAGGCGGUGCAGCCGGAAGCUCCAGCGCUGCCCCAUCUGCCGCAAGGACAUCGCGCGGCGGCAGCGGCUCUUCCUGUAG